AUGGAUAUCUUCCAAGAGAUAAUAUCCGGGAAUAUAUCGCAAGACUCCAUCAUCAGAACGGUGGAUAUGCAUACAGGCGGAGAGCCCACAAGGAUCAUUGUGGGGGGCUAUCCUCCCCUCGGAGGAUCUACGCUACUCGAGAAAAGAACAUACGCUCGGAAGGAGCUGGAUCACAUUAGGAAGAGAUUGAUGAGAGAGCCUCGUGGCCACAAAGAAAUGUACGGCGCGAUCCUUGUACAAGAAACUGAAAGAACGCGCGCAGGAGAAGCUGACAUUGGUGUCUUGUUCUGUCACAAUGAGGGGUACUCGACUAUGUGCGGUCAUGCCACCAUUGCGCUGGGUCGUUUCUUGGUCGACACAGCAGACACCUCCGUCUUUCCGAACCGCAAGCAGGUCCCUUUCGACGAAGCUGAGGGCAAGUGCACAGUGCGUCUGCAUGCACCGUGCGGCGUUGUGGAGAUCACGGUCCCAAGCAUUCGAGAUGGAGAUCGCGUGCGUUCCAAUCCGGACCGCGAGGUGCGCUUCAUGAGCGUAAGAAGCUUUGCGGCAGCCAUCGACGCGGUCGUCGACAUCCCCAACGAGCUUCGAUGGAUGGAGCUGGUGAAGGCCGGAAGACACACCGUCAAGUUCGAUCUGGCGUAUGGAGGGGCGUUCUACGCAAUCGUCCAGGAGAAGGCGCUAGGCUUUGAACGCCUCAGAGAUGGAGAGGUGGACAUGAAGCGACUGGACGAGGCGACGGCGGCGCUGAAGAAGGUGGUGGCUGGGAAACGGGAGUUGUUCGAGGGCCACGGAUUGGAGGCGGAGCUGCGGUACCUGUACGGCGUCAUCGUGGUGGACGAGGGCGAGGGCGAGAGGGGACUGGGCGGUCUGGACGCGGGUCGGCUGGGGGUGUGUUUCUUUGCCGACCAGCAGAUCGACCGCUCGCCGACGGGAUCGGGUGUCUCCGCACGAGUGGCGCUAGCACGCGCCAAGGGCCUGCUGGCGGAGGGCGAGCGCGUGCGCUUCGAUUCGCCGCUCUCUGCGCGUCGCGGCGGCGAAGCGGGGGCGUUCAUCGGGGGCUGGGCAGGUGCCGACCGGGUGCGCGUCGAGGGCCGGGCGUUCUACACGGGCGCAUGCGCGUUCGUGGUGGAGGACGGCUUUGCGCGAGAGGGCUUCGUGCUCUGA